CAUAACACAAGAAAUAGAGAAUUAAGCACUGAAAUAGUUUAUCUUCUAAUUGCUAUUUGAGAUGGACUGGCCUAAGAAGAUGCCAUUGCUGGUAUUAGUGGUAACUACUAUAGUGUUGGUUGAAGUGUUUGGCAACGUUAAUGGCUGCUUUCCAGAAGAGAAGAAGUCGCUUCUUGAAUUCAAGGCUGCUUAUUGUAACGAAACUUUGCUGCCUUCUUGGGUGGAUCACCCAAACAGUGAUUGCUGUCACUGGGAGCGAGUUACAUGUGAUUCUUCCUCCGGCCGUGUCUUCAAUCUCUCUCUACAGAAUCUAGGAAAGCAUGAUAUAAAUGGAGAUUGUUUAUCUCCACACAUAAACUGGUCCUUGUUCCUGAGCUUUAAGGAACUCACUAGCCUCGAUUUGUCCCAUAAUUGCUUUCAAGACUUCGUUUUUUAUGAAGGUAUAAUAUGUCGAAUGAAGCAACUUGAAGAGCUACAUUUGAAUGGUAAUAACCUCCAAGGAACUUUGGGAACAUGUCUGGAAAAUAUGAUAUCACUCCGAACUCUUGAUCUCUCGCAUAACUCCUUAAGAGGUAGCAUACCCGAUUCAAUAAGACACAUGCCAAGCUUGAGAAUAUUAAAUUUGGGGUACAACAAUUUCUCUGGCAAGGUGCCGGACAUAUUUGAUGGAGGCACCUCACAAUCAGAUACGCAUCAAGUUAGUGGUCUUAACAUUAUAGACUUGUCUCAUAAUCAAUUGUGUGGCGAACUUGACAAUAAUUUAUGGAUACCUUCAUCUUUAGUUUUCUUGAGCCUGCAAGGAAAUCGUCUUACUGGGGUGAUAUCUAUUGAUGAUUUCUAUAGCCCCAAUCUAGUGGUCCUUGAUUUGAGUGAUAAUGAUUUCACGGGAACUAUUCCGGGAAGCAUCUACGGCAUUGAGUCUUUGGUGUUUCUUUUAUUAGCAGGAAACCAAUUGCAAGACGAACUUUCCAGUCAGAUAUGUCAGUUAAAAAGCCUACAGAUUUUAGACCUUUCACGUAAUAACAUAACUGGAUCUGUACCUUCUUGUUUGAAUAACAUAGCAUUUCGGGACAUAAAAAUCAUCGUCUCGCAUGGAAUAGAAACUUCGGUAUCUUAUGGCCAAGCGAGAAGAUACAUUGCACCAAUGUUUCGUCUUAAGUUUAGGUUGGGAGAAGUGCAGUUCAUGACAAAAGGCUCAUUCUUUUCGUAUGAAGGUUCUUCACUUAAAACUAUGUCAGCAUUAGAUUUGUCCUCUAACCAAUUGACAGGAGAGAUUCCUCACGAGUUAGGAGAUCUCAGAAGCCUCCAAUCACUCAAUUUGUCGCACAACCGUCUGAAUGGAUCCAUUCCUGACAACUUUCACAACCUAAAAAACAUAGAAAGCUUGGAUCUUUCAAAUAACAGUUUGAGUGGACAAAUUCCUCUUGAUCUUCAGGACUUGUACUCUUUGGAGAUCUUCAAUGUGUCCUAUAAUAAUCUAUCUGGUAUAGCACCUGGAGGAAACCAAUUUGCCAACUUUGAUGAUAGCAACUAUGAAGGAAAUCCACUUCUCCAUUGGACCAACAGCAACAAACGAGUUCCACCAUCUCCAAUCCCAUUGCACAAGGGAAAGAAGAGCGACGAUUCUUUCUUUGAUUUAGCUUCCUUCUAUUGGACUUUCUCUGCAUCCUAUGUCACCGUGCUCUUAGUGUUGGUGACAAUUCUUUCGAUCAAUUCUUAUUGGAGAAGCCUAUGGUUUUAUUUUGUUGUAUGGUGCCUUCUUAAAUGUUUUGGUCAUUUUCUUGGAGAUGCUUUCUGCAAGAAGUUAAAAUCAUGAAAUAAAUUACUCAAGGAUGUUUGGUGUGUUUUCCU